AUGCACAUGGACGACAUCACAUCACCCCAAAACUUCUUCCUCAAGUUUCGGGUCUAUGUCUUCCUCCACAGCUCUCGCAACUUUACAUCCCAUCUUCAGAGAAGAUACCUCAGUCAACAUGUGUGCACCCUUCUAUGGUGCCCCCAACAACUCAACGAGGUCCCCCACUGCUGGGCAUGCACGGGCAACACAACCUCCCCAAUAGUUCCCUUUGUCUUAACCGCACUACGCUACCACGCAGUCGCUUUAAGCGGCACCACAAGCGAAGGGACAAAUCAAGUGACGCUUCAGCACUCCAAGCCUCCGCUGUUCAGGAAACUCAACCCAAAACCCGUUGUAGGAGACGAUCUGGCUGCAGCCCCGUACGGCACCAUCUUCCCUUACUGGACGAAGUCAUGCAUACCUUCCACAGGCCGUUGCGGACCAUCACACGAGGUUGCGGAAUCCGCGCACUCAUCGCAUCGCAUCGCAUUGCAACGCACUGUCCGUCCAUGUCCUGUCUGCAUCCAUCCGUCCUCACUGGGACAGUUACAUAUCAAUUCCCAUACACAAGGCCGCGUACCAUUACUUACAUGUACCUCCUUCCAACUUCGCUUGCAUAUGCGUCCGCUUAUACGGUUCCGGUUUCUUACGGACUCUGUUAUAUACUACGUCGCAGACUCGUACGGACUUCACUUUCCUACAUUCCCUCUCUCUGGUUUUGAGUUCCUUUGCAAGGCGGUUUCUGCACGUCUUCGCAUAUACCUGGUACCUAGCCGUUCUGUCUUCAGCGCAUCACUUCCUUCUUCACUGUUCCCCUCGCUCAUACUUGAGGAACUGCUCUCAGAGCUAUCCCCUUGGGUCGACUACUAUUCUCGCACCCAGCAGGAUCGGUACGCUAUCACUAUAGCGGACUUCUACGAUUUCUCCCACACCGUUCCUACACUAAAGAAGGUCGUCCAGACUCCUGAAAGCCCGCCGACUUUGAUUCUCAAGCUAGUCAAGGACAACAGUCUUAAUGGUGAUGAAGAGGAUAAAUGUGGUGCGGACUUGUCUUUUGAUGUGUCUUUUGAUGUGGAUGCAGAUGCCCUGGAGGCGACUAUGCGGCAGUAUGAUAAGUGCAUGGACGUAUACAUUUUUUCAGGCUGGGGAAGAUUAGAGUUGGGUUCUACAGCUGGUAAUACUCACUUCAUCGUAUGCCGCACUUGGUAUCAACACAUGGUUGAGGAGUCGCGAACCAUCUCUCGAGUCCGCACAUUGUUGAUUUUCAUCAGUGAUAUCGGUGACCCCAGACCAAUACAUCUAUCCGUCCCAUUAACCCGGCUCUACAGAGUGCGCGACUUCUCCUUUCGCAAGUAG